AAGCGGAAGGGAAAAGAUGGCGGCGCCGAGUGUCCCCACGCCGUUGUACGGGCACGUGGGUCGCGGAGCCUUCCGCGACGUGUACGAGCCAGCGGAGGACACGUUCCUGUUACUGGACGCGCUCGAGGCGGCGGCGGCCGAGCUAGCAGGAGUGGAAAUAUGCCUUGAAGUAGGAGCAGGGUCUGGUGUGGUGUCUGCAUUCCUGGCCUCCAUGAUAGGUCCUCAGGCCUUAUACAUGUGCACUGAUAUCAACCCUGAGGCAGCCGCGUGUACCUUGGAAACAGCACGCUGUAACAGAGUCCACGUUCAGCCAGUGAUCACAGAUUUGGUGCACGGCUUGCUGCCCAGGCUGAAGGGGAAAGUAGACCUGCUGGUGUUUAACCCCCCCUACGUAGUGACUCCGCCUGAAGAGGUAGGAAGUCGUGGAAUAGAAGCAGCGUGGGCUGGCGGCAGAAACGGCCGGGAAGUCAUGGACAGGUUCUUCCCACUGGCUCCCGAGCUCCUCUCCCCAAGAGGGCUGUUCUACUUAGUUACCAUAAAAGAAAACAAUCCAGAGGAAAUCUUUAAAACAAUGAAGACACGAGGUCUGCAAGGGACCACAGCACUUUGCAGGCAAGCAGGCCAAGAAGCCCUGUCAGUCCUCAGGUUCAGCAAGUCCUAGUGUCCUGAA